UUUAAAAUUGAGAAACCGAGCGAAGCAUUUGGUGUUUUAAGAACACAAAAAAGGAGCAAAGCAGAGGCAGAAAAAGCAAGAAAGGCUUAUCUUCAACCUCAUCUUCCACAAUGGAUCCCAAUCCCAGGAACACCAACGAAAACCCAGAAUCCAAAUCCUCAGAAGACCAAAACCCACUUUCCAUUGUACCUUCCGCAGACUCUACCGUACCACCUUCUUUCGCCACUGCUUCACUUUCCCUUUCCUUCUCUACAAUCUUACCUACCCACUUUUUCCAACAACCCAACGUUUCUUCCUUGUUUUCUCCCCAGCCAAACAAAGUCAAGGUACCAACGCAAGCCUCCUCCCUAUCUCACCUUUCUCUAUCCUCUGCCUCUGUAUCUCCUCCUCCUAAGCUGUCCUUCAAAUCCACCAUCUCCUCCAAUCCUCUCCAAAAUCCUCUGUCUUUGGGCCCUCGCCGCUCCUUUGACCCCAACAAUGGGGCCGCAAUCCGUCGAGCUUCCAUUGUUUGGUUCCGCAACGAUUUACGAGUCCACGACAACGAGUGCCUCAACUCGGCCAACAACGAGUCCAUGUCCGUCUUGCCUGUCUAUUGCUUCGAUCCGAGGGAUUACGGGAAAUCGUCUUCUGGGUUCGACAAGACCGGGCCUUACCGAGCCACAUUCUUGAUUGAGUCCGUCUCGGACCUCCGAAAGAACCUCCAGGCAAGAGGGUCGGAUCUCGUGGUGAGAAUUGGGAAGCCCGAGACAGUUUUGGUGGAGUUGGCCAAGGCAAUCGGUGCGGACGCGGUGUAUGCUCACAGAGAGGUUUCGCACGACGAGGUUAAGGCCGAGGAGAGGAUUGAGGCGGCAAUGAAGGAGGAGAAUGUGGAGGUUAAGUACAUGUGGGGUAGUACUCUGUAUCAUAUUGAUGAUUUGCCUUUCAAAUUGGAAGAUAUGCCUUCCAACUACAGUGGGUUCAGAGAGAAACUGCAGGGAUUGGAGGUUAGGAAGACCACUGAGGCCUUGGACCAAAUGAAGGGUUUGCCUUCCCGUGGUGAUGUUGAGCCUGGGGAUGUUCCUUCCUUGAUGGAUCUGGGUCUUAACCCUUCUGCAACAAUGUCUCAGGAUGGAAAGCCUGCAGCCAAUGCUUCUAUGGUCGGAGGGGAGACUGAAGCACUAGAAAGGCUUAAAAAAUUUGCAGCUGAGUGCCAAGCACAACCUCAUAAAGGGAGCAAGGAUGGCAAACAUGAUAGCAUAUACGGUGCAAACUUUUCCUGCAAAAUUUCUCCAUGGUUGGCUAUGGGGUGCCUCUCUCCCCGCACCAUGUUUGAUGAACUAAAGAAAACUACUUCCAGAUCUAUCUCUGCUUCCGCAAAUCCGAAAGAUGGUGGCAGUGGAAUGAACUGGUUGAUGUUUGAAUUGUUGUGGAGGGAUUUCUUCAGAUUUAUUACCAAGAAAUACAGUUCUGCAAAGAGACAGCUUGACACUACUCCAGCCACAGCUUGUACCGGUGCCCUUGCUUAAACAAGAACUUGUUUCGGAUUUGCUUAAAAAAAAAAAAAAAAAAAAUAUUGAUUUUGUCGUAUUACUUCAAUUAUAUAUAUAUAUAUAUAUAUAUUAUAUCUGUACUGUUAGAUGUACUUUCUUUUUUUUUUUUUUGGCUUGAAGUUAGAUGUACUUUCUUGUAGCUGGCAAAUGAACUGAUAAAUAUUUGGAAUUUUGUGGCA